ACAACUGCAGCACCUACUACGACCACUGCAGCUCCUACUAUGACAACUGUAGCUCCCACAACAACUACUUCUUCAGUUCCUACGACAACUGCAGCUACUACGACAACUGGAGCACCUACUACGACAACUGCAGCACCUACUACGACCACUGCAGCGCCUACUUCGACAACUGUAGCUCCCACAACAACUACUUCUGCAGUUCCUACGACAACUGCAGCUACUACGACAACUGCAGCACCUACGACAACUGCAGCACCUACGACAACUGGAGCACCUACUACGACAACUGCAGCACCUACUACGACCACUGCAGCGCCUACUACGACAACUGUAGCUCCCACAACAACUACUCCUUCAGUUCCUACGACAACUGCAGCUACUACGACAACUGCAGCACCUACGACAACUGGAGCACCUACUACGACAACUGCAGCACCUACUACGACAACUGCAGCUACUACGACAACUGGAGCACCUACUACGACAACUGCAGCACCUACUACGACUACUGCAGCGCCUACUUCGACAACUGUAGCUCCCACAACAACUACUUCUGCAGUUCUUACGACAACUGCAGCUACUACGACAACUGCAGCACCUACGACAACUGGAGCACCUACUACGACAACUGCAGCACCUACUACGACCACUGCAGCGCCUACUACGACAACUGUAGCUCCCACAACAACUACUCCUGCAGUUCCUACGACAACUGCAGCUACUACGACAACUGCAGCACCUACGACAACUGGAGCACCUACUACGACAACUGCAGCUACUACGACAACUGCAGCUACUACGACAACUGGAGCACCUACUACGACAACUGCAGCACCUACUACGACCACUGCAGCGCCUACUACGACAUCUGUAGCUCCCACAACAACUACUCCUGCAGUUCCUUCGACAACUGCAGCUACUACGACAACUGCAGCACCUACUACGACCACUACUACGACAACUGCAGCACCUACUACGACCACUGCAGCGCCUACUACGACAACUGUAGCUCCCACAACAACUACUUCUGCAGUUCCUAUGACAAAUGCAGCUACUACGACAACUGCAGCACCUACUACGACCACUGCAGCCCCUACUACGACAACUGUAGCUCCCACAACAACUACUCCUGCAGUUUCUACGACAACUGCAGCACCUACGCUACAACUGCAGCAACUACUACAACUGACGCUCCGACAACCACACCUACUACGACAGCUACAACUGAAGCCCUACGACCACUACAACGACAACUGCAGCUUCUGCGACAACUGGAGGACCUACUACGACAACUGCAGCACCUACUACGACCACUGCAGUGCCUACCACGACAACU